AUGGGAGUUGAUGGUGAAACAGUGGUGCUGAAGAACAUGCUCAUUGGGGUCAACUUGAUCCUUCUGGGUUCUGUCCUCAAACCUUCAGAGUGUCAGCUGGAGGUGACAACAGAAAGGGUCAGAAGACAGGCAGUGGAUGAGGAAGGGGGAUUUGUCAACUACAGUGCAUCCAGCAAAGAGCAUCCCAUGGUCUUCAACCAUGUGUAUAACAUCAAUGUACCCCUGGACAGCCUCUGUUCCUCUGGUCUGGAGGCUUCAGCAGAACAGGAAGUAAGUGCAGAAGAUGAGAGGGUGACAGAAUACAUGGACCACACCUCGGACAGUGAGAGCCAGGUCACCUUCACCCACAGGAUCAACCUUCCCAAACAGGCCUGCAAAUGUUCCUCCUCUGCCCAGCUCAUGCAGGAACUUCUAAGUCGGAUUGAAAUGCUGGAGAGGGAAGUGUCUCUGCUUCGAGACCAAUGCACCUCCAACUGCUGCCAGGAAAAUGCAGCCACAGGUCAACUGGAUUAUAUACCGCACUGCAGUGGCCAUGGAAAUUUCAGCCUGGAGUCCUGCGGUUGCAUCUGCAAUGAAGGCUGGUUUGGGAAGAAUUGCUCAGAGCCCUAUUGCCCUAUGGGCUGCUCCAGCCGGGGGGUGUGUGUGGAAGGCCAGUGCAUAUGCGACAGUGACUAUAGCGGUGAUGACUGCUCAGAGCUCCGGUGCCCAACAGAUUGCAGCUCCCGAGGACUCUGUGUUGAUGGCGAGUGUGUCUGUGAAGAGGCUUACACGGGAGAAGACUGCAGUGAGCUGAGGUGUCCCGGGGACUGCUCGGGGAAGGGGAGAUGCUCCAAUGGCACCUGCUUCUGCCAGGAGGGCUAUGUUGGGGAAGACUGUGGCCAGCGCCGGUGCCUGAAUGCCUGCAGUGGGCGAGGGCACUGCCAGGAUGGGCUCUGCUUCUGUGAGGAAGGGUACCAGGGUCCUGACUGCUCAGCAGUUGCCCCUCCCGAGGACCUGCGUGUAGCCGCAAUCAGCGACAGGUCCAUUGAGCUGGAAUGGGACGGGCCGAUGGCAGUGACAGAAUAUGUGAUCUCUUACCAGCCAACGGUCCUGGGAGGUCUUCAGCUCCAGCAACGGGUGCCCGGGGACUGGAGUGCCAUCACCAUCAAGGAGCUGGAGCCGGGACUUACCUACAACAUAAGUGUCUUUGCUGUCAUUAGCGACACCCUCAGCCUCCCUGCUAUAGCCAAGGUGGCCACUCAUCUCUCCACCCCUCAAGGGCUGCAAUUCAAGACUAUCACAGAGACCACCGUGGAGGUGCAGUGGGAACCCUUCUCCUUCUCCUUCGAUGGGUGGGAGAUCAGCUUCAUCCCAAAGAACAAUGAAGGGGGAGUGAUUGCCCAACUCCCUAGUGACGUCACAUCCUUCAACCAGACAGGGCUAAAGCCAGGGGAGGAGUACAUCGUUAAUGUGGUGGCUCUCAAAGAUCAAGCACGGAGCCCCCCAACAUCAGCCAGUAUCUCAACUCUCAUUGAUGGACCCACACAGAUCUUAGUUCGAGAUGUCUCAGACACUGUGGCCUUCGUGGAGUGGACCCCACCUCGAGCCAAAGUUGAUUUCAUUCUCCUGAAAUACGGGCUAGUCGAUGGAGAGGGCGGUAGAACCACUUUCAGGCUGCAGCCUCCUCUGAGUCAGUAUUCUGUGCAAGCCUUAAGACCCGGCUCCCACUACGAAGUCUCUGUCAGUGCCAUUCGAGGGACCAAUGAAAGUACUUCCACCAUCACUUACUUCACAACAGAGAUCGAUGCUCCCAAGAAUUUACGGGUGGGCUCCCGUUCGGCAACCAGCCUGGACCUCGAAUGGGACAACAGUGAGGCUGAGGUUCAGGAGUACAAGGUGGUAUACAGCACCCUGGCGGGUGAGCAGUACCACGAGCUGAUGGCCCCUAAGAAUUCCGGACCUACCACCAGAGCCACCCUUACCAAUCUCGUGCCAGGAACAGAAUAUGGUGUUGGGAUAUCAGCGAUCAUGGGCAGUCAACAGAGUGUACCGGCCACCAUGAACGCCAGAACCGAUCUGGACAGUCCCCGUGACCUCAUGGUGACAGCCUCCUCCGAGACUUCCAUCUCCCUCAUCUGGACCAAGGCCAGUGGUCCCAUUGAUCACUACAGAAUCACCUUCACACCUGCAUCUGGAAUGUCCUCAGAGAUCACUGUGCCCAAAGACAGAACCUCAUAUACACUUACAGACCUGGAGCCUGGUACUGAAUACAUCAUAUCAGUUACUGCAGAGAGAGGCAGACAGCAAAGUUUGGAAUCCACAGUGGAUGCCUUCACAGGUUUCCGACCCAUCACCCAUCUGCACUUCUCUCAUGUCACUUCCUCCAGUGUAAACAUCACCUGGAGUGACCCAUCCCCUCCAGCUGACAGGCUCCUCCUGAACUACAAUCCCCGAGAUAAGGAGGAAGAGGCUUUGGAAGUUUCAUUGGAUGCUACCAAAAGGCAUGCCAUUCUGAUGGGUCUGCAACCAGCCACCGAGUAUAUUGUGAACCUGGUGGCUGUUCACGGGAUGGUGACCUCUGAGCCAAUUGUGGGCUCCAUCACCACAGGGAUCGAUCCUCCUAAAGAUAUAGUAAUAAGUAAUGUGACCAAGGACUCUGUAACUGUCUCCUGGAGCCCUCCCAUCGCAUCUUUUGACUACUAUCGAGUAUCCUAUCGACCCACACAAGUGGGGAGACUAGACAGCUCAGUGGUGCCCAACACAGUCAACGAAUUCACCGUCACCAACCUGUAUCCAGCCACGGAAUAUGAAAUCAGCCUGAACAGUGUUCGAGGCCGAGAGGAGAGUGAGCGCAUCUGCACGCUUGUGCAUACGGCCAUGGACAAUCCCGUGGAUCUGGUUGCCACCAACAUCACCCCAACAAAAGCCCUGCUACAGUGGAAAUCACCUGUGAGUGAAGUGGAGAACUACGUCCUUGUACUAACGCACUUCACAGGUAGGUUUCUCCAAACUUGGUUGCCGGGGAAAACAAUCCUAGUGGAUGGAAUCAAUGAAGUACAGCUUGUGGACCUGCUUCCUAAUACUCACUACACAAUCGCCAUGUAUGCCACCAAUGGACCUCUCACCAGCAGCACCAUCAACACCAACUUCACCACCCUUCUGGAUCCACCCACAAACCUGACUGCCAGUGAGGUCACCAGACAGAGUGCCCUGAUUUCCUGGCAGCCUCCCAUGGCAGACAUUGAGAACUACAUCUUGACCUAUAAAUCCAAUGAUGGAAGCCGGAAGGAGUUGAUUGUGGAUGCAGAAGAUACUUGGAUCCGUCUGGAGGGACUUUCAGAGAACUCUGAAUAUACAGUGCUCUUGCAGUCAGCCCAGGAUGCUGUUCACAGUGUGAUCACCUCUGCUAGCUUCACCACAGGGGGUCGGGUGUUCCCUCAUCCUCAGGACUGCGCCCAGCAUUUGAUGAAUGGAGACACCCUCAGUGGGGUUUACACCAUCUCCAUCAAUGGGGACAUGAGUCAGAAGGUUCAGGUGUACUGUGAUAUGACAACAGAUGGGGGCGGCUGGAUUGUGUUCCAGAGACGGCAGAAUGGCCUGACAGAUUUUUUCCGGAAAUGGGCAGAUUACCGUGUUGGUUUCGGAAACUUAGAGGAUGAGUUUUGGCUGGGACUGGAUAACAUGCACAAGAUCACAUCCCAAGGGCGAUAUGAGUUGCGGAUAGAUAUGCGAGACGGCCAAGAGGCAGCUUAUGCCUAUUAUGACAAGUUCUCUAUUGGGGACAGCAGAAGCCUCUACAAGCUCCGCAUAGGAGACUACAAUGGCACUGCUGGGGAUUCCCUUACUUAUCACCAAGGGCGACCCUUCUCCACUGAGGACAGAGACAAUGAUGUCGCUGUUACCAAUUGUGCUAUGUCCUACAAGGGAGCUUGGUGGUAUAAGAACUGCCACCGAACUAACUUAAAUGGAAAGUAUGGGGAGUCCAGGCACAGUCAGGGAAUCAACUGGUAUCACUGGAAAGGCCACGAGUUCUCCAUCCCCUUUGUGGAAAUGAAGAUGCGGCCUUACAACCAACGACCUAUGGUUGGAAGGAAACGACGGUCCCUACACCUGUGAGAAGAGGAGAGCCCAUAAACAACCGACCUUUUCUGUCAUUUGUUUAUAUUUUAUAAUAUGAAAUGAGGUGGGGGGGAAAUAAUAAUUAUGUGCUAUUGCAACCUACUAAGGGUAUAUAAAGGAAGUGGGAAUGAAGCGGGAAGACAGUACAGAGAGGAUAAUAAUGGCCAUAGCAUUCUACUCUCCUGGGUGAUGAAGUUUCAAGGUCCUGACCUUUCAUCCCAGGUCUCCCUCCUAUUUAAACAUACCCCAACUCCUCACUAAAGGAGACAAAAGAAAAUGUUCGUGAAAGACCAAACCAGGGACAAGUCCAGUAACCCUUACUAUUUUGAUGGGUUAGGAGUUUCUUCUCCUCCCCUUGUCUCCUCUCCAAGAUGCCCUUCAUCUUCCUAACCUGAGAGUUAUGGUUAUUGAUGGUCUCUGAAACAGGUCCUCAACUCAACCCAUCUGGCUGAUAUAUUAGCCAAUUGUUAACAUCAGUAUGCCCUAAGUAGGAGGCCGACAGAUGAGACAGCUCUUCAACGUAAUUUUUCUGGCAACAACGUGUUGGCCUUUUGCUAUUCUAGUGACCUAGGCUCCCUUUAAAUGAUUCUAAAUUCUCCACUUCUGUCCCUCUUAUUAUUCUUACCCAAGAGGUACUCUUUCUUUUAAGACUUUCCAGGGAGCCCCUAUUCUCCUUCAUCUGCUAACAAUGGCAUUUCCCAACUCUACUUAUCAUCCCCACUCCCAGACACUGAUUCAGAAAUGCGCAACACUUAAAAUCUCUGAUACUGGAUUCCAUAGGCCACAUCGUAAUGCACUAUAAACUCUCCUUCAACUCAACCAAUCGACAAUUCUCUAUGGAGUAUCUAUUACAUGCUCAGCACCAUGCUGUGAGCCCUGGGCAAUAUAACAAAAAUGUAAGAUAUGAUCCCCACCAAUAAGGAGAUUCCAUUCCUCAGAGUAAGUACAGAAAACAUGUACCUGUGUUUCCUCAAUGCUUGAUCCUUUUUUUUUUUGAGGAAUUGCCCACUACCACAGUCUUGUAUUCAGUCAAUAUCACUAAACUAUGGGUGAACCAGUUAAAGUCAAAGUAAUCCUGCUGAAUAACCAGGCAGCUAUUCCAUCAACCAGUAUGGGGUAGCAGUGGUAGACUCUUGGUCCCGGUGGGGAUGGAGUGACCCCAUUAGUCGAUGAACUCAAGAGAAACUUUCCUCCACCUUCCUUUAUUAUUUACUUAGGAUAGGAAAAAUGAAAAGUGCCAGAGUAAAUUACAUCUAGAAAUCCAAAGGUGAAGAGGAGAGAACUGUGCCUACCUCCCAUUUUAUUAGAUGCUGUAUCUUCACCAUCACCAUUUGAUUUCUUUUUUUAAGCCUAAGAGGACAGGGAGUCACAGUGGCUAUUUUGGAAGCUUUUUCUACUUUAAAAGUAGAUGUCAACUACAUUCUAUACAAGCUGCUAAGAUCUUUGUGCAGCUCCCCAGCUCUCUCCCUCCUUUUUUCAGUUCAUGGUGAUAGUCCAUUGACCACCUCCAUUUUCUGCACACCUAGGGCUUGAUCUACAUCAGAGACUUUGGGACCCUUCCCAACAUUCACUGUUUGAGUCUGAGAGCUAAAAAUUUGCUCAUGAAGUCAUUAGAAAGGAACAGCAAUCCCUUGGGUCUAGCUAGCAUGUCUCCCAACACGUGUCUUCUUUGAGGGGGAAGUAAAACUGUUGUUUGGAUACAGUGAGGUGACAAUCUGAGCCCUGGGCCCCUUUAACGUGCCUCUUAAGACCUUGGCACACCCAGUACUGAAAAUGAGGCUAGUACUUUCCAACUUGAAUUCAGCAUAGGCUCCACAGAAAGCUAGUAAAAAAUGAACAAACAACCCAU